AUGAAUAAUAGUUGUCCAGGUGUCACGGAAAAGGACAAGUUUAUUAUUAGGAGGAAUCUGAUAUUAUUUGAUGAGGACGAAGAAUUUAAAAGAUUAACAGAUAUUCGCAGCUCAUACAUUCCACUUUCAAGGGCUAUGCAUAGUAGUAGCCCAAAUUUUAAAGAGGCUAAGGUAGCUUCACGGGGUUGCAAAACUUAUAGACAGUCUGAAGACAUUAAUGGAGAUAACUCACACGAAAUUAGUACACUCAACAAUUACUUUUUUGAUGGCGGCAACCCUCAUCCGACAACUAACAACACCAUAAAACUAGCUACAAAUUGGGAUGACACGGACAAAUAUAUUAAUUUUAGUGUUUGUGAGGAAUUAACUCCCGUUACGGAUUACAAAAAUUGUAUCAUAGAUCAGGACCCUUUAUUAUUGGCAGAUUCGCCUCUAAAUAUGUCAGUUUCAACAGAUAUGAUUGACAACGACCUAGGAAGCGCUUAUUCAGAGCUUGACUUCCACAGUAACUAUGAUUUUGAAGACUACAGCAUUUCCUAUGAUAAUAACUACAGAGGUGACUACUUCAACGACUCCACUGAAGAUGUUUCUCCAAAUUUCUCAAAAUCUACAAAUUAUACUUCUAAACUUCCAAUUGAAAUCAUUCAUACCCAGCCACAUAAAUUGAUAAAUCCAAAGAUUUUAUCAACUACUUUUGAUAUAGAGUUGUCAUCCUUCAUAAAUGAAGAAACCUACCUUCUAUCAUCAAAAUAUUCAGAAGCCUCUUCUUUCUCCUCAAUCUUUUCAUAUGAUAUAGACAACAUCCAAAAUAUUGCUUCCAUAACAAACUCAUCUGGUGAACUAAUGAAAGAAGCAAAUUUUUGCAAUGAACAAAAUGAAAGAGACUCUGUUGUUACAAUAAAAUUGGAAACCAAGAACAAUAAGAAAACCACCAAAUAUUCAAUAAAGAAAGAAACCCACUUUCCUAUUCCCGAUCAACAUAAAUUUAAUGAUAACAUAGAGUAUUACUAUUAUUUUGAUCCUGAUGAAGGAAACCCAAUAAUUCUACCUGAGUAUCCCCCAUUAAGAACCUAUGAAGUAUCAACAGGGUUCAAAAAGAAAAAACGAAUAAAUAAGGAACCCAAACCAGUGAUAAAAACAAAAAAAUCACAAGCAAAUUCUUAUGUCCACCGUACAUCUAAGAAUAGAAUACGUAAGUCUAAGGAUUCGAAGAGUAAUAAGGAAUUUUUUACUUCAUUACUCUCAAAAUUAGAUAGAUAUUGCGUUAAUGCCUACGGUAGACGCUCAAGAAACCAAGAAUAUUAUGAUAAAGUUAGGUUCCAGGAAAUUUUGUAUAAGUUCAGCAAGACCUAUUUUUAA